AUGGCAACUGUUUUCGAGAAUCGCCUCAGACUAGAAAAGGAAGUCCCGGCUGGGCAGAUUUUUUCGCAUGCGCAAGACAUCGACUCUUCAUCGAUAUCAAGCUUAGCGCCCGAGUCCGUCUCCAACAACCAGGGCCACAUAGCGGUGUCACCCAGCAGCAGUCUAAGCACUCCCCAAGCAUCGAGGCAAGGCUCAUCUGAUGAGUCUUCAGAGGUCGCGCCUGAGAUUGUUGUGUGGACGGAAGAUAUGGAUUUGAGCAGCAACUUAUCAUCCCAAGACCCGGAAGAGACUUCCAGCAUGCAUCUCGACACGGAUGAUGAAAGGCCUCAAUUCAGCGACCAUGCCCCACAGCAAGCCGAACCUAAGGAGGAUGCUUUUACCGAAUCAUUCUCCUCCUCGCACUCUGCAUUGACGGAGCUUUCAGAGCCUUCGUCUACCCCAUCCAUUGUCUCUAGUAAAGCCACGACGCCUAUCGAGACAGAGUUACCUAGCCAUCCGCAAUUUAUUGAGGCUACGUCAAGUUUUUCAGCCUCAUUACAUCGCCAUGAUAUCGAGAGUUUAACCUUCAACAUUCGGCCAAAAUCAUCUAUACCAACUGAUAUCCCAUCAUAUCAAUAUGCCCGCGAGUGCAUCGCCGCAGCCGAAUCAUCGCGACUCAAUCCAUACGCGCUGCAUCCUGGAGAAUAUCAUUUCCUACGCCACCACAUAUCUCAUACUCAGGUUACGACGUAUCUAAACAUCAGAAACGGAAUACUGCGUAUAUGGAUGAAGCAGCCGUCAGUUGGUGUAACGCGGCAAGACGCAGUCGGAUGUGCAAAUGCACGCUGGUUUGAUGCUGCAAACGUGUGCUACGACUGGCUAGUUCGCAACGGGUACAUAAAUUACGGUUGCGUGCAGCUUCCUAAACCCCAAUUGGAGUUCAGGAACGGGUCGCCCACAACGAAGCGAAAGACCAUUGCUGUUAUCGGAGCAGGCCGAUUCUAUGCAAGAGGAGAAGAGAUACCAAAAGUGAUCGUUGUCGAAGGUAGAAGUCGCGUUGGCGGUAGAGUAUAUUCUCGCGAAUUCAAAACAAAAGCAGCUGGAAUUGAGCCUGAGUUCAAGGGGAAGCGGCAUACUGCCGAGAUGGGCGGUAUGAUUAUCACAGGGUUUGAUCGUGGCAAUCCCAUGAAUGUUAUUGUCCGUGGGCAGUUGGGAAUACCAUACCACGCACUUACUGCUGAAACUACAAUUUACGACAGCAAUGGCAAACCUGUGGAUCCAGUGAGGGAUCUACAGGUUGAGAAGCUCUACAAUGACUGUUUAGAUCGUGUCAGCGAAUUCAAGUUUAAGUCUCAGCCAUCUAAGCUGAUCGAAGGCAAUCGUGAUCUUCUCGACGAAGGUCGGGAUAGUCUCGGGGAUGGCUCCAAGUCGAUUAUCCAAGCUGAGGAAGCAACCGCCGCGCUUCCAGAUGCCCCAUCAGUAUCACAACAAAACGUACCGGAAACUGUAAAUAUGGUUCCAGUGUCUGCGGACAAACUAACAGGACGAGUACAUACCGAACCCGGUGUUCCCGCGACUCUAAAAGCUUCAGAAAAGGCAAAACUUAUGGGGUGGAGCAUUAAACCAGGAGCAGCAGACAAGGGCAAUCUCGAUUUAACCCAAGCCAGCUCCCUGGAGAAAGCAACGCUGGGAUCAGUUUUGGAUCAUGCCAUCACCCAGUACAAGAAUAUUGUUGAUUUAAACGCACAAGAUCACCGAUUGAUAAACUGGCACAUUGCCAAUCUGGAAUACAGCAAUGCUACGAACCUGCAUAAACUAAGUCUUGGCCUCUGGGACAUUGAUGCAGGCAACGAAUGGGAGGGCAAUCACACAAUGGUCGUCGGCGGGUAUCAAAGCGUUGCCCGCGGCCUGCUCCAGUGUCCCUCGCCGCUCAACAUUACGACCAAAUUCCCCGUCCAAAAAAUCACCUAUCACGGUGAACGCUUUGAUGGCCCCGCUACCAUUGAAAGCGAAGACGGCACAAAGGUGGAAGCAGACGCUGUUGUCUGCACGAUACCACUGGGCGUCCUAAAACAAGGAAACGUGAUUUUUGAGCCUCCGAUGCCUUCCGAAAAGGCGGAUGUGGUUGGCCGUCUAGGCUUUGGCAUCCUCAAUAAAGUCGUCUUACUUUACGACAGGGUGUUCUGGGAUUCAAAUAGGCACAUAUUUGGUGUGCUCAGAGAUGCUCCUAACAGGCAUAGCACAUCCCAGCAGGAUUACGGCGUGAACCGUGGGCGCUUCUUCCAGUGGUUCAACGUUUCCAAUACAACUGGCCUGCCCUGCCUGAUCGCGCUUAUGGCUGGCGAUGCUGGCUUUGAUACAGAGCAUACGAGCAAUGACAGCCUUGUCGCCGAAGCCACAGAGAUCUUAAGAAGCGUAUUCGGUAAAGAUGUUCCAUAUCCCGUAGAGACAGUAGUAACGCGAUGGGGUUCGGAUCGAUUUGCCCGUGGAAGCUACUCUUCUGCCGCGCCCGACAUGCAACCAGACGAUUAUAACAUCAUGGCCCAGUCUACAGGCAACCUAUUCUUCGCUGGAGAGCACACCAUCGGUACACACCCUGCAACUGUGCACGGAGCAUAUCUGUCAGGACUACGCGCCGCCUCUGAAAUACUGGAAGCAAUGAUUGGUCCCAUUGAAGUUCCGACUCCUCUCGUCCUCCCGAGGGACUCACUUCUGCUGCAUAAACGUAAGGAGGCAGCCAAGGAUCCCCGGCAGGCGCGCUUAGAAGCAUACGAGAUAGAAAUAUGGGAGCAUGUCCUUUCAAAGAUUGGCGAACGGCCACUCCGUCCAAACAAGGUGUCCGGCAGCGCCUACAUCAUAUUUAGCAAAACCCACUUGGACGCCGCGAAAAAGAGGUGCGAAGCAAGCCGCAAACCUGGCAGAAGCCGGUCAGUGCCUAAUGAAGUCCGCAUCAUGAUGUCCCGCAUGUGGAAGGAGACUACUCCAGACGAGCGAAAGCCGUACGAGGAGCAGGCCGCUGAACAGAAGAGGCUCUACUUGCAAGCCAUGCAGGAGUAUAAUGGGCUAGCUGAGAAGUGGGAUCGCGAGGCUAUCGCUAUCCGGGCUGCCUACGAAAAAGAACAUCCUAGCCUGCCAGGCCCAGAGGAGGGCCCGGAAGAUCUCUCGAUGACGCCGAAGCAUCGUCGGGCCAGGAAUGUGAGCUAUACAGAUGUCAGAGAUUACGAGUAGGAGUUGUAAAAUGACGAGGGAUCUUCUCGUUGCAAAGCAUUUAAAACCAUGGCGUUUGGAUGUCUAAUUUCCUCCUAGGUCCCGCGGGAUCGUGGGAAAGUUUUAUGAAAAUCUCUUUUUUUUUUUUUUUACGUCGAGGAUAGGGGUUCC